ACUCAUCGCCGAUCCAAACAAACCCUGUGAACAAACUUCGCCGUGCUCCGUCGCUUCGCUUGUCCCCGACAAGUGGUGCGCACGGGUUUUUAUUCGUGUUUGCUCCGACGAUUUGGCGUGUUUUUAUGUUUGGCUACGGAUGAGGAAGGGACGUAAGUUGGCGGUGAAUUCAAAGAACUGGAGGUCGGGGUUGAUUGGUGGAAUUUGAGUUUAAUAUCGUUUUGUGCGCGCGGGAUUUGGAGGGAGAUAGUUUGGGCGAGCGUGACGGAGGUGUAGGAGCUGUGGCGGUUUUGUUUGUGGUUGUAUGCUAUGGGAGGCGAUCGAGUGCGCUGGGGAGAUGUUGAGUGGUUAGAGCCUCUGAAAUGAAUCAAAAUAGGUAGUGAGCAUUUUCGGACAUAGUUGAGUUAUUCAUCUUUUCCUCACGUUUUGUUGUGGUUGAGGUCGUCAAUCUUUUGCCGAACCAUAUUUGAAGAUUUGGAGAGAACAUUGAGAGGGUUGUGUCGAGAGUAUCAGGGCCCAAAAUGUCUGCUGCAACAGCCCCAUCAACUGCCACCGGCACUGCACUUACCGGUGGUGUGGCGCCUGAAAGAGUCAUCGCCAAGCCCCGAAGGAGGACCACGUUGUCGAAAGGCACGCCAGAGGGCGCCGAAGCGCCUCUUUUGGCCACCGCAAAUGCAACAGCUGGGACUCGGGCAAGGCGAGGUCGAGAGCAGAAAACGGCGUUGGAAGAGUAUGCAUUCUCGAGGGAUCAGACUAUUGCGGAGGAGGAUGGACCUGCUGCUGUGCAUCAUGAAUAUGUUACUCCUGCCGCGACACCGACGAAAAAGAUGUCUUCGCAUACGGCUGAUGUUGCAGCUGGCAAGGCAUCGCCCCCGAAACAUAGGACAACGAGGAUGGCGCAUUCGAAGGUUACGGAAGAGAAAAAUACGAUAUGGGAUGCGAUGGGACAUUUGAUUUCCCUACCUUUUUUGUUCAUCCUCAUUAUCUUUGGGCUAUGGGGAACAUACUCGCAUUUUACUUCCAAGCCAGCAGUGCUGCAGCGGGAUGUCUCCUCUAUUGAAGUUGAGAAAUUGGAGGAUUUUGUGACCAAGACAACGAAAUGGAUGCAGGUACAACUGGAGGUUCUUGAUAUGAAGAUCGAGAAAGAAACAAAUGAAGUACGGAACGAAUUUGCGCAGAAGCUUGAUACUCAAGUGGCGGAAGUCGCAUCUGGAGUAAGGGGUCUGAGGGCUCAAGUUGACCAGCUUUAUGAGAGUGGAGUUCCGUUGAAUCGUCAUGAAGUCAUGGAGCUUGUUAAGAAUGUUGUGGAACAGCGCGCCUCCGAGAGUACCAGCAAAUCGUUUAGUCUUGAAGACGUCCGAUCAGUUGCACGGAAAAUAGUUAUGAGUGAGCUUGAAAAGCAUGCUGCCGAUGGUAUCGGGCGUACGGAUUACGCUCUGGCUAGUGGGGGUGGACGGGUUGUGGAUCAUUCCGAGGGAGUGUUUCUAGGGCGAGGUCAGCAGUGGUCCAGCUUGAUGUUUGGUCACAUCGUUCCAGGUGGUACGAGGAAGCAUCCACUAGCGCAGAAGGUACUUCAACCCAGUUUUGGUCAACCAGGAGAAUGCCUGCCUCUGAGGGGAAGUAACGUCUUUUUGGAGAUUUCUCUUCGGACAGCCAUUCGUCCUGAUGCCGUUACUCUUGAGCAUGUGGCUAAGAGUGUUGCUUAUGAUUUGUCGAGCGCACCUAAAGAGUUUCAACUGUAUGGUUGGCGAGAAAUGCGACCAACUGAUGGAAUUGCUCAACCUUCACCAGAACACAAGUUGCUGGGGCAAUUCAUCUACAACUCAGAUGGUCCUAGCAAUGUUCAGACGUUUCAGCUUUCCAAAGAUGAUGUUGGUGACGAACCGAUAAAUAUGGUCCGACUUCAAGUAUUGUCCAAUCACGGAAGUCCUCUGCACACUUGCAUCUACCGAAUUCGAGUUCACGGUGUAGACCCCCAGGCAACUCUAUGAAGAAGUUCAUGGAGAGUUUCAACAUUUGUAUCUAUUAAUUCUCAUCUGUGAAAAUGUACUUCAAGUUGAAAAAAGUGGCAGAUGGUGGAGAUAGUUUUCAUCUUAGCAUUUUUCUUUUUCAGGAAAGGUAGCAUUUGCGGCAGUAGAGGAAUGAGGUUUCUACAUCGUCGACCUAGUUGAGCUAUCGGAAGCAUGGUGGCCGCCAUGCCAAUCGUGCCUGAACUCAUUGCUUAUGCAAGCUGUCUAAGAUGUGACUCGUUGCUAAUGUACUUGAGGAUUUGUAGAAAGCGUGAGACAAUCUAUGCUGAUGGUGUACGAUAUGGUUAGUGCAGUUUUGGUUGAGACAGAGCUAAAUGAAGAGUAGUUCUGGAGAUUCAGAGUGAAUAAAUGUGAUACAAUUUCCAGGUAGGGGAGGAUUGUUCUGAGAAUCAGUGCGAACCUGUAAAAACCUACUUGGAAGACUCAGUUGUCUCAAUCUAUGGGAUGUCAUCCUCUCAAACUGUGCUCCAUAUAAGUAACUUUACUUUGUGGGUGGUUUUUUAUGAUGUGCAGCAAUUCACUUUUUAAACUUGCAUUC